UUUCCGUUUCCACCCCGUCGGCGACGCACGUACCCCGCGACCGUUCGAUUACACAACGGUUACAUCGUCCGCCGUGUGCACGAUAAUACGCCGUACGAUCUCUUGCUGGCGACGACGACGACGAGUCGACAGUACAAAAUAUAAUAUUAUCGUCGACGAACCACUAGAAAACCCGUCAGUACGGAUCUCGCCAAACUGCAAAUCCGAAGACCGUGCAGUCUGCGCGCCGCAAACACGGAAAACGAAUAGAUAAUAUUUCCUGGCCGAAUUAUCCACACGGCGAUUUCGCUGGUAAUACGUUAUAAAACAAUUAUCUUUGCAACUAUGCCAGCCAUCGUAGCCAACGAGUUGCAAGACAUGCAAUUGCGAUCGGCCCACGUAACGGACGAGUCUCUGGAGAGCACCCGUCGAAUGAUCGAACUCUGCGAAGGGACAAAGGAAGCAGCCAUUAAAGCUCUAGUUGAGUUAGAUGAUCAAGGCGAGAAAAUGGACAGGAUCGAGGAGGGGAUGGAUCAAAUAAACGCGGACAUGAAGGAAGCGGAGAAAAACCUUACCGGCAUGGAGAAAUGUUGUGGUAUUUGCGUGCUACCUUGCAACAAGUCGACAUCUUUCAAAGAAGACGAAGGCACGUGGAAAGGAAACGAAGAUGGCAAAGUAAUAAAUAAACAACCACAGCGUGUAAUCGAGGGACCAAACAUAACGCCACAGGGUGGAUACAUAGUGAAGAUUACAAACGAUGCCCGAGAAACGGAAAUGGAUGAAAACUUGGGACAAGUGAACACGAUGAUUGGUAACUUGAGAAACAUGGCGUUAGAUAUGGGUUCCGAGCUUGAAAAUCAAAACCAGCAGAUCGAAAAAAUCAGCACAAAGACAAAAUCAAACGAUUUGCGGAUUUCAGCGGCCAACCAAAGAACCAGAAAUCUUCUUAAAUAAACUACUAAACGUUAACCUUAUGAAUAUGUGCGUGCAAUUUGUGGUUGUCAAAAGCGAACAUUAUAUAUGGAUUCUUUUUUACAUACUCAAACUUCAUGAGUAAAUAUCGUGUCUUCCCUGCAUGUCGUGUUAAGCUAACAGCGUUAAAUAAUUUUAUAGAAAUAGGUUUAUAAAAUAUAAAAAAAUAAUAAUUUAUAGAUGUAUUACAUGUGAUGGUUUGUAGUAUCUAUAAUAUAUAUAUAUAUACUAUGCGCUUCUGUCCAAUAACUAGACACUUUAGAAACAUACGAAAUAUCUAAUAAUAAUAUUGGUGUUAAUAAAAUUCUUAUUCACAACUUUCACCAACUCAUGACAAGUUUUCGUAUUAGCAAGUGUCGAAAUUAAUUUUUUGAUGGACAGUUUUGGAUUUUUUUAUAAACCUUAUAAAGGUUUCAAGUUUAUACUAUUUGUAUAUAUAGCAUUUUCUGUCUAUCAACAAGUUACAAAGGACAUCCCUUCACUUUUUAUAUGAUGUAUAAUGCCCGUUAUAUAUAUAAAAAAAAAUUAAAUACAAAUAAAUAAUACUGCUGUUGAAAUUCCAAUUUAAACUUGCCACCAUAAACCGAACUAUCGUGAUUAUUAUUUACUUUUACUUCAAUGACUUACUAUUUAUAAUUGACACUUGCAUUUAUGUACGAGUGUAUAAUACAGUAAAAUAUAAACCUUAAUUUUAUACGGAUCCGUCCACUUCAUAACUAAAAACAAAGUUCAUUAUUUUUGUUAUACAAACUGUGAACUCAAUAAAUACGAGUGCGUUGAAAUUCUUCUUUUAAAAUAUAAUUUAUCAUUAACAAUCUUAAAAAUAUUAAUGCUAAAAUACAAUAAAUUAUGAAAAAUAUUAAUAGAUAUAUAUUUGGACACGUUUAUAUCGUAUUUUAUCUCAUUUUAUAUUAUAUUCUAAUUGUAAAAUAAUCAUUAUAUAUAAUACUUUAUGCGAAACUGUUAAGCUCAAAUAAUCCAUCACAGUAUAUAUUCUCAACCAAUUAAAAAUGAAUUUUAUUUAAAGUCGUGAAUAUACUUAUAUUUAUAUUUACGACUGUAAUAGGGUACUCGCUAAAAAUACUCCAAACAAUAUUGAUUAUUCAUUUAUCAAUUACAUACCUAUUCAAAUUAGGUCACUCGUGCAGUAAUUGAAUAAAUAACUAAUUGAAACGGUUUUUAAUUUUUAUUAAUAGCAUCAUCGUAAAUUUCUAAAAUGUGUCAAACGCUUUAAGUUUAACUACAUCACAUCGUGUGUAAUAACUAUAAACAUACAAAAAAAUUCUGCGUACAUUUCAAAUCAAACUGUCGAUACUAAUAACCGCUUAUACUGCAAGAUGAAUAAAAUUUCAAAGAUGUUUCUAAAUUCUUAAAUCAAAGUUUUUUCCGUUCAUUAACGAAUAACAAUAAUAAAUAUUGAUUUUGAUUAGCAUAAAUUUAAAUCAAAUUAUUCAAAGAAAAUGUCCAACUUAUUUUCAUACUAACCAUAACUCUAGUUCAAUCGUUCUAUGAACUACAAGUAUAUUACGUACAUAACAUUAUUUCAGAUUGAUGCAUACCUAAUUACACGAGUGUUCGAAUUUUACCUAUCUGUCUACGGUUAUUUCGAAUAGAUAACUUGCAAUUUUUUUUACAUUAUUAGAAAUCGUAAUCAAUCUAUGAUUAAAAAUUUGAGUCAAAGGGUCCUACACGCCAAUAAUUAUAAUAACUUAAUGAUAUUUAAUGAUUAAAAUAAACUGAAUGACUACAAUAUAAUCAAUGCAAAUUGACAAUUGUGAUGGUAUAAUUUUCAAAAUGAAUACACGCAUAUUAUUACGUAUAUAUUGUUCGGAAAUAAAAUUAAUUAAAACAGAUUAAACUAUAAAUAAUCAAACUACACUUAAUAUAACUAAAUGUUUACAAUUUUUAACAAUUUUUCAAUAAUGUUAUCAUAAAACGUUAGAAUAAAAUUAGUGUAAUUUGAGAUCUCUAAAUAGAAUACAUUAUAUCAUAUUGUUCUCGAAAUAUAAUAGAAUUUAAUUUUCAUCGAUCCGACACGUUUAAAAUAAGUAUGUAGUACCAUUUGAUCUCUACAAGACUACAAAUAAUAAAUAUCUCAAACCUUACUUUGUAACUCGUAAAUAACCUAACCUUGCAUAUAUAAUGGUAAUAUCAUGUACGUCUAAAUAUGUAAUAAAGAAUAAAGAUAUAUUGUUGUUGCAUUAGAUGAUAAGAUAUAUUUAAUAUAUAUAGCUAUAGCUGCAGAAUAUUUCGCUAAAACCAUAGAUGAUUUUAAAUCUGAACGUUUUUAAGCUCACUACAUAAUUAUUAUUAUAUCAUAUUGUGUUUAUAUUUUAUUUUGUAUAGACAUUUUUAUUUAAAUUCAUAAAAAUAUUCAAAAGCGACAGCAAUCACUUAACGCUCUGUGAUUUUUAUAAAUCCUGUCUGUAAACAUACGUAUAAACGGAAUAAUCAAACGAAAUCCGUUUCAUACAUAUUAUUUUUAUGUACCUACCUAUUAUUUUUUUAAAUUUUAUCGAUGUCAAAGCUUUUUUCUCUUUAGUUGUGCAUAUC